AUGGUAUCAGAGCGAGAUUCUAGAACCACAGUCACAAUCUCCGUCUUUUGCCCUAAUUUUUCUCGAUCCGACAUUCUCUUCUUCCCGUUUCAUUUUCUUUUCGACAAAUUGAUACUGUUUUCUCAUGGCUAUCCUGAUCCAAACAAUGAUUCUGGUGUUGAAUCGACUGAUUCAACUCAUGUCGCCGGUACUGAUCCCGGAGUCAACCCAAGCUGCCCAUUUUACAUGCAUCCAUCUGAUAAUCCUGGUGCGAUGUUGGUGACGACUCCGUUCAAUGGCAUUGGAUACCGAUCCUGGAGAAGAAGCGAAAUCGCUGAUAGUGUUGAUUAUGCUAAUAAUGCUUUUGAACUUUGGAGAGAGUUGGAAGAUAGGUACGAUCAGACUAACGGUACCAAAUUGUAUCAAAUCCAAAAGGAAAUCAAUGAUCUAGCUCAGGGAACCCUUGAUGUUACUGGAUAUUAUACGAAAAUGAAGAAGCUUUGGGAAGAAUUGAGCAUGAUAAAUGCCAAGUCACAGUGUAGUUGUCAAUUCACUUGUGGGGCUAAAGAGAAUAUGCACAAGCCUGAACAAGAUAGAAGACUCAUUCAGUUUCUCAUGGGUUUGAACGAAGCGUAUACCACAGUGCGAGGUAGUAUACUCAUGAUGAGUUCACUACCUUCCAUGGCACAGGCCUUCUCCUUGUUAAUUCAGGAAGAAAAAAAGCGAGAAGUGAAACCACAUAAUCAACUCAUGAUCGACUCUGCUUCUUUGAAUGCUAAUGUAGCUUCACACAAUAGCUUCAACAACAGAACACCUGUACAUAACAAUUUCAGAACCAACUACUCUCCAAACAAUUAUCCCUCCACGAGUACUAGACCUCGCCCCUUCUGUGAUCACUGCAAACGUACUGGCCAUACUAGAGAGAAAUGCUUCAAACUCCAUGGCUAUCCGCAGGAUUUCAAUCAGAAUCCCAAGUACAAUAAAGGCAAAAGGACUGCAGCUGAUGUACACAGUGUUCCACUCGAUUCAUUUUCUAUGAAAGGUGAAGAAACACAGACUCAAGGUAGCAAUUCCAAUGUGAGUCUCACUAAGGAGCAGUAUGGGCAGUUGGUGACUUUGCUCCGACACUUUCAGACUAGCACUGGAGGAUAUAGUUCAGACAACAAUGUGAUUGGUGGAGCUGUGAACUUCGCAGGUAUUUUUGCUUGUUCUGCUUCUGUCCUUUCUGUUGAUUUUGGCCUACUUUCAUGUAAAUGCUUUAAAUCAAGGGCUGGCAUUUGGAUCCUAGACUCUGGGGAUUCUAACCAUAUGACCUUCAAUAAAUCCCUACUCACUCACAUUAAAACCCUAGUAUAUCCUAUGUUAAUCACACUGCCAAACGGCUAUAGAGUUAAAGUCACAGAAAUUGGAACUGCCAUAUUAGCACCAAACAUUGCCCCUUCAAUGAAGAGUUCAUGCUCUGCUACACAUGCCUCUUUACCUAUUUCCUGUUCUGUUUUGUCUAAUUCUUCUGAUGUAAACAGUUUGCACUGUCAGCAUUCUAAAUCAUCUAUUAGGCCAUCUGCCCUUUAUCAAAAUGAGGGGGAUAUCUUUAUCAAAAUGAGGGGGAUAUCUUCUAUCCCUGUUUAG